UUGCAUAUAUAAUUUACCGAGCGCCCACUCGGUGUCCAGCCCAGAUCGCUAGGAAUCUGACAGAUAGAAGAAGAGAGGGCGCGGUUGAGCGGUGCUCUCUCCCAGCGAAGAUCAGGCCUUGAGUGAGCAAUUGAGACUAUGGCAAGCAAUCAUGGUGGUAAGGAUGUUAUGGAUUCUGGGAGCAGUGAGGGCAACACUUCUGAAGCCACUGUUGAAAUAAAGAUAAAGACUUUGGAUUCUCAAACAUACACUCUACGAGUAGACAAACGUGUACCUGUUCCUGCACUAAAGGAGCAGAUUGCUUCUGUUACUGGUGUAUUAUCUGAACAGCAACGUUUAAUCUGUCGUGGCAAAGUUCUGAAAGAUGAUCAGCUCCUUUCAGCUUAUCAUGUGGAAGAUGGUCACACAUUACACCUGGUUGCUAGGCAGCCGAUUAACCCAUCUUUAGCAAGCUUUUCUGAUCAUACAGCUAGUGAUCCAGCAUCAAAUAGCAGGCAGUCAAUGGGAAACCAACAUCAACAUGGUCAUGGUCAUGGGCAUGGGCCUAGUGUAGUGGUGGGAACUUUCAACAUAUCUGAUCAAGGUGAUGGUGGAAUUCCAGAUUUUAGUCGGAUUGUUUCUGCUGUUCUUGGUUCCUUUGGAAUGGCCAAUGCCGGAAGUGGUGGUGAAGCAGUAGAUCUGCAACAACACAUCUCUGAAAGGCUUUCACGGAUACCUGGUCUUAAUGAAAUAAGAAGUUCCAACGGACAACAACCACAACCAGCUGAAGAUGGUUCUGGAAGGGGUGCUGCUACCUUCACACUUCCAAGUGAUGUAUCCAUGGAAUCUCUGCAGCUCCCUGUUAUUCCUGAUUCUUUGAGUACAUUGUCCCAGUAUCUAAGGCGUUUGAGGCAAGAAUUUAGCGACAAUGUUAGAAUCCAGGGGAACAAUAAUAGGGAAGAGUCGAAUGGUACAAGGACACCACCACUUUUAGGUGUUGGUCUGGGAGGGUUACCAACACCAGCAGCCCUGGGAGAAGUGACACAGUCUGCAAGACAAUUGCUCAUUGAAGAAGCUGGAGAAUGCUUGAUGCAAUUGACAAGACAAUUAGGGGAUCAAAGCAAUGUAACUGAUCCCAUGGCAAGGUUAAGGAUGCAGUCAAAUGCUUUGAGGUCGGGUGCUCUGUUGCAAAAUUUGGGUGCUUUUCUGCUGGAGCUUGGGCGAACAACCAUGACACUGCGUUUGGGACAGUCACCAAGUGAUGCAGUGGUGAAUGCUGGACCUGCUGUUUUCAUAUCAACAUCUGGACCAAAUCCAAUAAUGGUGCAGCCUCUUCCUUUUCAACCUGGCACUAGUUUUGGAACAACCACACAUCCACCUCAACCUCCACCUGUACCUGUAGUAGUGACAGGGUCAGCCUCUGGCACUAGUAGUUUUGGUUCUGCUUUACGUCCAAGGAAUAUUGAUAUCAGAAUACGUACAGGUUCAGUGAUGAGGGAAACAAAUGGUGGUGGAGAGCGCUCAGCUCCUGCUGAUGGUGGAGUUACAAAUCACGAAAAUGCCCUUAGGAACUUGGCGCAAAGCAGGGGAUCGGAGGUGCGGGUAGUCCCCAUUAGGAUUUCAGUGCCACCUUCUGAAUCUUCCCGAAGCUCUAUGGGUGUACUACUACCAGUGCUAGCAAGAACUCAAAAUGUUGUUGAUUCUGGAAAUGGCAAUGGUUAUGGUGGUGAAAACAUAGAUUCUAGUACUACUACUACUACUACAGAGGUUCCCAGUGGACUUGAUCAGCUGUUGAGAAAUUUAUUUCCUGGUGAACACCACAACCAGGGUCAGGGUCAGGGUCAGGGUGGUGCCAAUGUUGUUCAAUCUGUUCAGACAGCCCAGGAAGAAGCAUCAGCAUCAACAGUGGUCAGUGAUGAGGGAACUUUUUUGUCCAAUUUGUUGCACCAGAUUAUGCCUAUUGUCUCUCAGCAUAUAACUGGAACUACCAAUGCUGUGGAAGACACAGCUGCACAACCUUCUUCAACUGUCGAGGAGAACCAAGAUAGAGGAGGUGCAUCUUCACGGCAAUCGGAUGAUCCUCCAUCCUCAAAAAGGCAAAAGACAGAGUAAGGUGAAGCAUGAGAGAACAUAUAAAAAUGGGAGAGAGCCAUGAAGUGAUCUGAAGCCGGUUUGGGUUUUAGAUAGAUGCAGCUCAUACGCAUGCAAUGCAGGCAUGCAGCAGCAGCCAUGGAUGAGAAUCCAAGUACAAUCCAU